GGGAGAGUGACUCAUUCCUCACCAGUCAAUUAAUAACCACACAUCCACUGGUACUCCCCUGAAGACGACAAACCGAAAUGCCAUUCCAGUUCACAUUCUCCCUCCCUUCCCUCCCACUUCUCAACCCAUGGCGGCCCACUCCACCCCCGCCAACACCGCCCCGUCUCUCUACUCGCGGAGGAUGGAUGCCUUCCUCCCACACGCCUAGUGUCCAGCUAACGGAGGCCGAAGCCCAAGGUUGGGUUCAAGUCACUUCCAAUUCCACUUCGCGUAUAAGAGCGAGAGACGACCCGGGCGAAGAUCAGCCACCUGCGAAAAGGAGACGAACGAUAGGCAGCACAGUCGUAGAUAUGCUAAGCUAUGCGCUCCUUCGGUCUGGAGGAGCUCCCUCUCCCAGCCCGAGCUCGCAUACCGCCGUCUCGCAAGAAACAGAACCCCCAGCCUACGACACGCUCGAUCAUCCCCCUGACCUACCGCUCUCACCCGUCCCCAUGCCAGGAUCAAAACGACGCCCUAGGUCCCUCUCCCCAGAAGCGAGACGCCGUGUGCACGGGCACCCCGCCGGUCGAAAGCAGCGAGCUGGUAAACAGCGGGUGACGCUCACGCCCGGUACGGCGGGGUUUAACCCUUUUCGCCCUUCUGGGAGCCCUAGGACGGGGGGGUUCACCGGUUCUGUGGGUGUGGCUAGCCAGGAAGAGGAGGGAGUCGUGGGAAGCGUGCCGUCUGUUAUCGACCUCCAGAUGUCGAGGAUGGACAGUACGCUCCAGGCGCUGUUAGCUGAAGGAGCGAAAGCGCUUGGGCAGGAGAUCGUCCUCCCUGAAGAUGGAGAGGAGUUCGAGCAGGAUACUGAUGAUUGGGAGGAUGCGUGA